CAAUCUUGUUUGCAAGUCAGGAAUGCUCGAGCGGUGUCACUUUUACUUCUUGCCUUCCUACAUUAAAAGAAUUCCACUUUCUGGCAGCUGGCUUCUGAAUCAGGGGUGAAAUGCUCCCAGUUCGGACCAGAUUGCUCGAUCCAGUAGAGACUGUGGCGGGUGGUUCGGAGAACCGGUAGCGAUCGUGGCGCAAGGCUCCGCCCACCCACCCGGUUGUUGUUACUUCCUGGUUUUAACCAGGAAGUAAUGUGUUUUGUACCCUCUGCGCAUACGCAGAAGGUUUUGCACGUCGGCAGAAGGUCUGAGCGCGCAUGUGAUGUGCACGUGUUUGAGAGCACUUCCGAACUAGUAAGGAAGAUAAGCAGCACAGAACAAAAAGCAACUAUGGGCAAUAUAUUUCCAAAAGACGACGUAAGGAGAGAAUUUGAAGAUUUAAAGAGUGAUUUGAAUCGAGGAAAAAUCCCCGAAGCAGCAGCUGAAUACCGAGGAUAUGUAAAUGAAAUGCAAAACCUGCCACUCAAUAUUGCAGUUGUUGGAAAGGCCGGUGCUGGGAAAUCCUCCUUCAUUAAUGCCGUCUGGGGUAUAAAUGAUGAUGAUGAUGAAGCUGCCGAGGUCUGGACAGUUGAGGAAACCAAAGUGCCAAAGGCACAUCCCCACCCCUCUUUUCCCAACAUAACGAUAUGGGAGCUACCAGAGAUCAGAGAGCGUAAUUCUAAGGCAGCUGAAUAUUUCGAGAAGGUCCAGUUUGAAAGAUACGAUGUCUUUAUUAUGCUUGUCACCGACCGCUUUACUGAAAAUGAUGCUUUCCUGGCAAAGGAAAUACAAAGAAUGAGGAAGAAGUUUUAUUAUGUGCGUUCUAAAAUAGAUCUCAGUAUCGAAGGUGAAAGGAGGAAAAGGAAUUUCAACAUGGAGAAAACCCUGGAGACCAUCAGGAAUUAUUGUGAAGAUAAUUUGAAAGAGUCAUCUGAGCUCCCUGAGAGGGUAUUUCUGGUAUCCAACCUGCAUGUACAUAUGUAUGAAUUCCCUCUCCUGAGAGAGAAAAUGGCCGCCGAACUUCCUGAUUACAAGAAACACAUUUUAACUCUGGCUGGGCAGUUUUUUUCAGAGAAUAAUUUGAUGGACAAAAAGAUUAAAAUGAAAUCAUAUAUAGAGAGGUUUGCAAAGUUAUCUUGGGUUUGUGGAGCAGCGAUUGUUUGGCCCCUCUCUCUAGCUUGUGAUAUUGGAAUCCUAAUAGUUGCAUGGGAAUGGUUCUGGAAGGUGUUUGGCUUAGACAAGAGUUCCCUCCAUUUUCUGGCACUUCAGACAGGAAAAGGGUUUAAAGAGCUGAAAUCGGGGAACCGGGAAAGGCCAUUAGUCAGUACCGUCCAUGCACAGCUGGUAUUUUUUCUCCUUCUGAAGUCUGCUUUUUGGGUUAUGCUCCCAUCUGUGAAAUAUUUGGGGAUCUCUCUUGCUGAAACUGUGUCGGUUAUGAAACUGGUUCUUGAUUACAUGCCUGGAAUCGGGUCUGUAUUUGAUGGAGUGAGUUCAUAUGCUUUCAUGCAUUAUUUUCUGAACAGAUUUCUUGACAAUGCGGUGGAGGAUGCCCAGAACGUUCGAGAAAAGCUUCUUAAGUGAUCAAAGUCCCCGUGAAAGAUCCAAGGAGCCAUCCUCCCCUCUUUGAAGGAGAGCAUUUCAUCCCAAUGAGAAGAAGGGGAAGAAAAUAAGAAUAUGCUUCAUUACCUUAUUAGAACUGUCUAUUUGUUCGCUUGUUAUUCUCAGAUUGCAGUAUGUGCUUGGUCAGUUUAAGGGGCAAAUAAAUCUUUUUUUUUUCUGCAGAUGUCUCCAAGGAAAAUUAGAAAUUAAGUGUUUAUCCAUAUUGUUUCGUUAGCUUUUUUCCUACUCCACGUGUAACAAUCAUCACUAA